CCGCGCACCACCACCAAGUGACCUAUACUGUCUACCCUGACUAGCUGUACUGUAAAUCACCUAAGAUUGUCCUCACAGUAGGCUAUAUUGUUUGCUUGACCAUGGUCUAAAAGCGUCAUGCUUAUAGUUACUUCUAUAUAUUAUUAAUUAAAUACAUUACCACUUUGUGACAAAUGUAAUCUAAUACACGAAUGGCCAAGGACAUCGUUUCUAUGUGCAAAAUUAAGCAAAAAUAUGACUCGUUACCUACAUCAUUAGUUUGUAAUAACACUAUCCAUAUAUUGUUUUCAGGAUUUCGAUAAGGAACAAAGUUUUUUUCUAAACAGAGUAAAUUUAUGAAGUAUCGACGCCCUAACAAGCCCACUGAUUUGAGUGAACGGGCCAAGCUAGUGUGUAUGUGGGUGGACGGAAUGUCUUGUCGAAACAUUGCAAGAGAGACUGGUAAAAGCCUGUCAACAGUAUGUAGGUGGAUAACACGGUGGAAACGAGAGGGCAACGUCAACACAAAACCUCGUAUUGGCAGACCAUUUAAAACUAGGAUUUUGCACAGUGUGACCGUUCCUUCAGCGUUCCAACCUCCGUUGACUUGGAAGUGUGGCAUUUACCCUAUGCUCUGUGAGUGUCAGUUACAGCCUUUUAAAUAUCAAUAGCCAUCUUCCUAUAGAAAGUAUAUUUAUUUAACGGCAGAGAUAACCUUCUGUUGCCUAUGCAAAUACUCGUAUCAACAAACUCAGAAAUUUUCCUUCAUUGGAUUUUGGUUUCUAUCUUAACACUCCAGGAGAAACAAGUUUUCUGAAACAUGAAGAUUUUUGCCCGUCGUAAAGAACAUUGCGUUUCGCGUAAAAGGCCAAGGAUUUGCAAGAUCUUUAAACACAUUUAUACAGCAGAUAUGACGAGACCUUCACAUAUGCUCGGACUUAUUGCGCUGUUGAUGGUGAGGAAGUGUGUUGGUAGCCCUGUGGACCACAUAGGCGUGGUGGGUGACGACUCUGGAAACGAUAAUGGCGUGAUGAUGGACCACCAUAUCAAUCAAAUGGUUGUAGUAAAAGGUGACUUCGUAUACCAGGUGGGCGAGGUGGUGAGCCAGGUGGUAGAGCAGGAACUGGCUGGGUGCCACUUGGUGCUGGUCGACACAACAAUACAAAGCCCAGUGUUCUCCAUGAUGAUCAGACAGUUUGGAAGAACUCGAGAGAGUGUGACGGUGGUGGAGGCGUGGCGGCUUUUCUUACUGACACAAGUAGUCAGUAACGAGUCAGUAAAUGACUGGCAUAACGGAGAUCGAAGAUUCAAGGACCAGCUAGCCAGGGACCAGCUUCUGCACGGGUUGUGGGGGGACGCUACACUCACCUGCCGCGCCCUCAUCAUACACUUCGACAACAACAACAAAGACCUUUUUUUCAUGUUUCUGGAGUGGUGUGAAGUGUGGCGACGACCAGAGAUUCCUGUGGUGGUGGUGGGUGAGAGGGAGGGAGUGGAGACCGUCCUCCUUCACCACAGUCUUCGCAACACUAUUCACACCCUUUACCUCGCCCUCCAUGACCUCCCCCUCCACAGAGGCCAGAGACUAUCGCUCAACACGAGAUCUAGGGAGAAUGACAUCAUCAGAGCAGGCAGUCAAGAGACUGUGGCUCGAAACUUGAGACGAAACCAGCAGUGA